GGUCAUCCAUCUUUACUGUUUUUUAUUUUACCCCUUUCAAGUGUAACACUGGCACUGUAAUGUGUAUGCCGCCUGUGUGUGUAUGUGUGUUCUACAUGAUUUUUUUAUGUAGUGCUUGUGUUGCUGUACCUGCUCUCUCUUCAUUUUUUCACUCCCUCAAAAAACGACGAUCUCCUACUUUUUCGCUUCUUUCUUUCAUCUUUGCAAUCGACGACUAUAGCCAAUGUCAUUACCGAAUAUUCAGUAACAACAACAACAGCAACGACUACUGCGGCACCAACCCAACACACACACGGUCAAAAAGCAUACCUUCCCAAGAUAACAACAGCAGGCGAUUCACCCACCACCCUCUCCUUUCUUUAACACACUCAAUACGUUGAUACCUAUAAAUACAAAUAUAUAUAACCUCAUGAUUCUACGAAUACCCUUCACACGGUCGGCUUACACUGGAGACGCCACGAAUACACUUAUUACCGCGUGGAAUCCAGAGCAAGAUUUCGUGCAGGUUGUCAAAUGGCCAUGGGCAGCCUGGAGCUGGCAA